ACCCUUCAAUAUAAAUUAAUAUAAAUAAAUUACAAUGAAGCGAUCAAAUGAGCAAUCGGAGAAGCUUUACGCAACAAAGAAGGCACGAGUAAGUGAUGCGUAUGGAAGAUCAGUUGAGUUGAUGGACAUUGAACAAGACAGGAUUUGGCUUGUAACAAAAUUGACCAGACCACCACCUCUUACAGCCGUGAGAGGGAAGCGAAUACGACGAAAAAGACUUCAACCAACACCACUCGGAAUUAGUUCUUGGGUGUUAAAACGAGAAUUUCCUUACAAAAAGGAGAGUAAAUACUCAGUUAAAAAGACCAAGCAUAUUGAUGAAUUUGGAAGAUGUUUAGAGCAGGUAAAAUGA